AUGGAAAAAGUGACACUGUCUCUUGCGCAGGCGCAGCCGAUCGAUCCGGAACUAACGGCGAAACUCCUGGGGCACGGCGUCGCCGUGUCGCCGGUUGUAACCGUGGAACCACGUAGACGUAAAUUCCACAAAGCGAUCACGCUAAGUAUGCCCGCGCCGAGAGCGCACUCGCAGGGCAUGAUCAACCAAUACUCAGGUUCGGCGCCGACACUUAGGCUACUCUGUUCGAUUACCGGUGGCACCACCAGAGCGCAGUGGGAGGACGUCACAGGCUCCACUCCCCUGACCUUCGUCAACGACUGCGUCUCGUUCACCACAACAGUAUCGGCGCGAUUUUGGCUUAUGGACUGCAGAAACAUAGGCGACGCUACCAAGAUGGCCACGGAACUAUACAAGGAAGCAAUCCACGUCCCGUUCAUGGCCAAAUUCGUCGUGUUCGCGAAACGCGUAGACCCCCUAGAAGCUAGACUGAGAGUCUUCUGCAUGACGGACGACAAAGAAGACAAAACCCUGGAGCACCAAGAGCACUUCACCGAGGUUGCAAAAAGCCGCGAUGUUGAGGUAAUGGAAGGCAAACCACAAUACAUAGAAUUCGCAGGGAACCUGGUGCCCAUCACCAAAAGCGGCGAGCAGCUGCAGUUCGCCUUCAGGGCGUUCAAAGAGAAUCGCCUGCCGUUCUCGGUGAGAGUCAAAGAUCAACACGCCGAAGCCGUCGGACGAUCGCUCUUCAUGAAGGAGGCCAAAGUUCCCAAAGGCGAACCACCCCAACAACCCAUUUGCAUACUUAACAUUGUACUCCCGGACGAUAUCGUCUCGGAAACAAUUUCGCUCACCGACAGCGACUCGUGGAAGAGAUCGGGCUUCCUGAAGGACACGUACGAGUACUACAGACCAGACCCGCGGCUUGCCGACAUGAGCAACCUCCUCGGCGAGGACUGGGUUCCGUUGGCCAACCAGCUCGGACUUACCGUCUCCGAGAUUAACGUAAUCAAAUCCGAAUACCCCGACAGCGUGGCGAAGCAGGCGCAGUCGAUGCUCAGAAUGUGGAUAUCGCAGUCUGGCAACCGCGCACAAGGAAACGUCCUAGAAAACGCACUCAUUAGGAUAGGUCGUGAAGACAUAAUACCUCAAUGCCUCAACGUCGAGCCAGUCGAGCACAUAUCGAGAAAGGAGCGCAAAACGUACUACGACAAGGAGCGAUUCAUCGACGCUGACGAUCACCCCCCUCGAGAAAGCUACGAGGACAAGUACUCCGCCGAAGAGAAGCUAAUCGACGAAACCUCGGACGACGACGAGAACUUCAAGAAGACCGUGUCCGAAAGGCGGAACAUAAUCGAGAAGCGCCUCUCGGCGGAACGUGCGAUCCCCGCAUCUUCGCAGCGGGCCGAAAUUGUGCAGGAGAUAAGCACGAUCAAGCGUCAGAGUAUGGUCGAGGACAAGAUCGCCGAGGUGGAGGAGAAGCACAAGCCGACCAGAACGACGACGACGCGAACCACGCCGGACGGCACCGUCGUCACGGAAACUGUUGAGCAGAUCGUCAUCGGCAAACCACACGACGUUCAGCAGCUUUCGAGCGUUACGGUUACGAAACGCACAACAGAAUCGAUCACCAUACCGGAAGUACAGCCGUCGGCCGACCGGCGAGAUUCCGAUCUUUUGGAGGGCGUCACGCAGAUUUUGGAGACGACCAAGAAGACGGUGCCGAGAAUGGCAGCUGAAGAUCCGAACUCGCCGAAGUUAUCGAAGACGCCACCCCCGAGCCCUGCAGAUUUCAUAGUACGCGAACAGGCAGCCACAAUCCAAGCCAGCGCGUCUCCUCAGGAUGACGACGACUCCUUGGACACUGACGGUUUCCACGAGGAUCAGUGUCUGCUGGAAACGCCGACGCCCGGCGAAGACACUGGUGCCUCCUACCUCGGCGACUACCCACACGUUGACUACGACGCUAUCGAGCAGCAAGGCGUCACCGCCUUCGACGACGCUCGCCAAUACUACCAGCACCAAGCGAAAUUAUUUUUGGGCGAGCGUAAACGCUUGGCGUCCACCGAAGACUUCGACACCGACGCCGUUACCCCGUACAGGAUGGGUACGGACGAAGCUACCUCAAAACUAUUGCCUUCCAAGCCGGUGGAUUAUUCCGAUCUAACUGGCGUUGUACGUGUAGAUUUAGAUAGUUAUAAAAUAAUUGAAUGUGAUCCUGAGCGGCCUUCCUUAUUACAAAUUAGAAGUGUGAUUUCACCUGAGGAAAAAGGUGCUAAAGACUCUAAGAGAUCAGAAGACUGGGAACGUAAAGAGGCGAGGAGAGUAGAAAGACUGCAUGGCGGUGCUGGUAAAGAGAAAGUGCGGCCGGACGAUGAAAAGAAGACGAAGAUUACGUUUAAGGCGACACCCGAAGGUGCGCACACCACGCACGCCAAUCUAGCGAAUGGUGACGUCGCCAUCACCAGGAAGGUGGUGGACCUCACCAAAGCCAAUAAUAUUUAUGAUCAAUCUGUGAUUUAUAAAACGGAAAAUACCGAAAUCACCGAAAUAAGUGGGCCCAAAGCUGAGGAGACCUACACGUUCGUGUCCACGCACGGUCACACUAAGCAAGUUCCUAUACCUGGUGCUACAGAAAUUACGACACAAACAAGGGGCACAUCGCCCAUGGACAAACCCUUCCCUUCCCCCAUAACCUCGACCAAACACCUCGCCCCCACUCUCGAACUUGUGAUCGGUCACAAAGAGGUACGCACUCGCGAAGCUUCGGCAAUGGCCGAAAACCGACUGACCCUGUACGGAACGAAAGACGUCGAAAUAUCGAUCAAGUCCCAAUCGCACAUUUCCGUCACGACCACGCGACGUGACAGUUCCGGAAUGGAAACCUCCGAACGAGUCGACGUAGGCACGACGGCGAGCGCCGGCACCACGGACUCCAAGCUAUCCGAAUCUGAACAGACGCUCGUGAUGACAUCCCCCAUCAAAAAACACACCGAAUACAUAAUCGCCCCGACUGAAAACAUCACCGACACUCCCUUUAAGAAGAAAGAGGAGACUGUCAACUUCAGCGGAACGCGGCAAGUGUACACUUACGAGACAACAACCGAACCUCUCGACGACUCCCCCGACUCGGACGCGAGCAUCUCGCAUCACAUCACAGACACCGGCAUCUCGCUCACACGAGGAACCACCGAUACGAUCACCAGCCCAAUACACCAACCUUUCGGCCCUCCGACCACCGGUUUCAUAUCCGACACGAUCGAGCAGGAGGAAAACGAACUGACCGACGCCGGCCUCAGCCCGAUCCAGGCGGACGAAAUCGCAAACGUUAACGUCGACGAUAUCACCCACUACACCGACACGGGCACGAGUCCCGUAGACUUUCCCAUCGACACCUCCGAGGCGGCGACGCUCACCGACAAGAUCGAAACGAAGGACGCGUCCAGUAGUCCGACGCGCCCCGACGAUAGCGCACUCCCGCCGCCUCCCGUCGACGUCAAAUCGAAGAUACGACUGAUCGAGGAGCAGAUCACCAAGUCCCCGACGCAUCUCGAGUUCAUCCGUCGCAAGCGCGACAUCGUCGAUUCCGAGGACGAGAUCUCGAGCAUAAAGGAGGAGGAGGGACUGCGCGGCUCGCUCGAGUCGCUCGCCCAACUCGAGGACGUGUCCGAUUUCGAGCGCGUCGACAUACCCGAGGUCUCCUCCGAGGAGACGUCGCGGGCGCACUCGUACGCGAAGCACAUCGGGCCGAAGAUAGCCGAGCUACAGAGGAUCUUUUCAAAAUCGAGCGAUCAGGAGGAUAGCGCGGAUGAGAGCUCCACGCACAGAAGAGCGCCGACCAGGCCGAAGACUGUAAAGGCGGAGACGGUUGAGCAGGUGGUCGCGCGAGAGGAGAAGGUCGACGAGUCCGAAUUUAAAACGGUUCGAGACGCCAAGAUGAUGUUUGAGGAAAUGAUCAGCCGGUCAUCCCUGGAGAGCACGCCGAAGAAGGUGCACAAAAAAAGCGUGGCCGCACUCGAGGGUCCUAAGGCUCCCGUUUGCAGGGAACUUUCCGAACUGGAACUGCAGAAGUGCAUGCUCGAGAUCGAGAAAAUGGCACAAGCAGGCUUGGACGAAGAAGAAAAACGGCCGAGUAAAGAGACUCAAGCGGUCACAGGUAGCAUCUGCGUCGAACCGAUGUGUACUAAGGUCACAAUAAACUACCACCACCCGUGCGGGCACGCCGAGCCUUGUCCAGAGAUAUGUCACGACAAAUUUGAACUCGAACACGAAGUUACCCCCGAAGACAUCGUUUGCCUUGUUGCUAAAUUGGACGAGGCGAUACCAUCGACAAUUAACGAUACAAUUCCAACAGAAAUGGCAACGGAAGGUUGGUUGCGAGAGGAGGUACAAGAGCCACAAUUCGUGAAGGAAAUCGUCGCUAACGGAAGUGUACAAACAGGCGUGACACAUGAAACCAAAGUAUACACCCAAACCCAAACGCUAACGGAAAAAGAAUUGUUUGAAUAUAUAUUGAUGGAGGAGGAACAGAUGCGCAUCGUUGACAAAGAAGAAAAACCCAAAGAGCUAACAUUAACUCCACUUGAUCGUCAAACAGAAGAAAAACCACCCGCAGAUAAAGAUAAGCUCGUUGAGAAACUACCUGUCAAACCUGACGAUCUCAAACCCGACAAACUUAUUGACGAACUUAAACCUAAAGAACCCAAAUCGAAACCUACGUCUCCCGUGGAUCACGAGGUAAAGAAGGUUACUGUAGAAAAGGUGACAGUAGUCGACGAGAAGGUCACUCGUCCAAAAGACGAAAAACCCGAACAUGAAGAGGAGAUCCCUGAGGAUAUUACCAAAGUAAAGACCCCAGAAGAAGAGGCGAAGAAACCGAAAACACCAGAAGAACACGAGAAACCAAAGUCGCCUGUUGAUAAAGUAAAACCCAUUGAGAAACUACCUGUCAAACCUGACGAUCUCAAACCCGACAAACUUAUUGACGAACUUAAACCUAAAGAACCCAAAUCGAAACCUACGUCUCCCGUGGAUCACGAGGUAAAGAAGGUUACUGUAGAAAAGGUGACAGUAGUGGACGAGAAGGUCACUCGUCCAAAAGACGAAAAACCCGAACAUGAGGAGGAGUUACCUGAGGAUAUUACCAAAGUAAAGACCCCAGAAGAAGAGGCGAAGAAACCGAAAACACCAGAAGAACACGAGAAACCAAAGUCGCCUGUUGAUAAAGUAAAACCCAUUGAGAAACUACCACUGAAACCUGACGAUCUCAAACCCGACAAACUUAUUGACGAACUUAAACCUAAAGAACCCAAAUCGAAACCUACGUCUCCCGUGGAUCACGAGGUAAAGAAGGUUACUGUAGAAAAGGUGACAGUAGUCGACGAGAAGGUCACUCGUCCAAAAGACGAAAAACCCGAACAUGAAGAGGAGAUCCCUGAGGAUAUUACCAAAGUAAAGACCCCAGAAGAAGAGGCGAAGAAACCGAAAACACCAGAAGAACACGAGAAACCAAAGUCGCCUGUUGAUAAAGUUGAGAAACUACCACUGAAACCUGACGAUCUCAAACCCGACAAACUUAUUGACGAACUUAAACCUAAAGACCCCAAAUCGAAACCUACGUCUCCCGUGGAUCACGAGGUAAAGAAGGUUACUGUAGAAAAGGUGACAGUAGUCGACGAGAAGGUCACUCGUCCAAAAGAUGAAAAACCCGAACAUGAAGAGGAGGUACCUGAGGAUAUUACGAAAUUAAAGACCUCAGUUGAGGAGGUUAAGAAACCGACAACAGCCGAGGAACUCGAGAAAGCUGAUUUGAAACCUACCUCUUUUGCUGGUCAUGAGGUUAAGCCGGUUGAUGAAACUUUGCCUACUUGCACCGAGUCUUUUGAGGUCCCUCUCCUUGUACGAGAAGCUGUACUUUCUCACACUCAACUGGUGUCAACCAUUGCUUUACCAUCGGAUCUGCCUCCAGACACUAAAUCGACAGUUUCUGAAUCUAAACCUCCAUUUGAGACUAAGAAAGGGGAUCUUUUCAUUUCUGAUUUGCUACACGAGACCAACGUGGUUAGCGUAAUAUCCGAGGUACUUGAGGCGACCAAGCAAAUUCGAGCGGACGUUAGACAGAUGAAGCCUGAUCUAACUCCAACACCCGAAGGUCAGCUGAUGACUAUUUUACGGUCAGUGUCUAGUGACCAAUUGUACGAUAUCAAGGAGGAUUCUGAGGCAAUUGCUAAGGUGGAUCCGCUGCCGAUUUCCUCGGAUGAGGUGCAAAAGGAAGAUGUGGUCGAUGUUACGCCAGUAUCUGCGAAGGUGACUCCAGAGCUUAGUUCGAGCAUUACCGACAUCACUUCACAAGUUAGCGUUAAAUCUCCACAUUUCUUGGUUGACGACGAGAAAACCAAGGUCGAUUCCGAUUCGAGGCAUCCGAAAGACUUCGAUUUGGACGAUUACUUCAGCAAGCGCGAAUCUUUGGAUUCUGAUGAGGUUUCGCAGUUGAGCUCGAUGCACGUGAGCGGUUCUACGAAGUAUUCCGAGUCGGACGUCGAGCACUCGGAAACUGACUCACAUGAGAAAGCCAAAUCACCUCUGGCUCAAGGUAUUUCUCCGUUCUCCGACGGAAGCGAGUCGCGUGGUGAAUCCAUCAUUGAAAAGAGUCAAGUUCCUUCAUCGUUUAAGGUGGACGCGAGCGAUAUUGUUAUGAAUGGGGACGUUCUGGAGAUAACUGUCCACCCGAAGCCGGUCACCGCGACUCCUAAACGUCCGAAACCUGUAGCGAUGAAGCAGAAGGCGACUCCCCCUCCUAAGGCGAUUAAGGCGACAAUGAAGAAAGUCGAGACCCCUUCGCCUGAUCGUCAAGCUCGAAGUAAAGCGGUUUCGGAUGAGAAAAAGAAAGUCGCCCCGAAACCCGGCAAGUCGGAGGAUUCCAAGCCGAAGACUGAGUCACAGAUACCUAGGUACUCUAAGAAGUCGGUGAGUAAAGUGACUUUGACUGAGACCACCUCGGUGAGAAAACGCGAAGUUGCUACGACAAGUCAAGAGACCGUUGUGCAGAAGAAACAAAUCAAGGGAUAUAUGCAGUCGACGUUGUCGCGCGAUUUAAAAAUCGACAGGCCCGAAGUGCAGAAACGCACCAAGGAGAUGUUGAAUAUUAAGAUGACGUCAUCGAUUGAGAAGAGGAAGGCCAAGGACAAGUCGGAGACUGAAAAUAUUAAUGAGAAAAAGAAAAUGGUUAAGACAAAGUUGGAGAAAGCCGAGGUCCCAAAGGCGAAAAGUGUCGGCGGGAAAAAGGCGGAGAAGAAGAUGGAAGCUGUUUCUGGUGCUCUAAAGGAGGACAUAAAAACGGCAAAAAUGCACAUUUCGAGGAGGACCGUCGCGUCGAAGACCGUGGAAACAACCGUUCAGAGAGUCGAAACGCCGAAAGUUAAAAAAUCGCAACCUCGCCACGUGACCGAUUCCGAGUACAUCCGAAGAGAGUCCCCUUCCCCGACCAAAAUCCGCCGUGCCACCCCCGUCGAUCAAUUGAGAAAGGAAGUGCCGCCCAGUAAACCGUCAGAAUUUUACCAAACCGUCCAUGUAUCCGACCGAGAACGUAGCCAGUCCGUUAUUCCUAGUUCCCACUUGGAUAAGCCCGUCGAGCAUCAGAUACUCGAGCGGAGCAUCACCCCCACCUCAUUGCCGGGCAGUCCGAUUCGGCGCGUUAGAUCGAUCAACGGCACUCAGGUGAUCACCUCGGAGGUGUUCAAGAGAACGCACGACAUGAGCGGCUCGAUCGAGGUGAUUUACAAGCAGCCCGGCGAAAAUUUGAGACGGGUGUCCGGCAUCAAGGCCGAAUGUGAGUUAUCGCUCAUCGACACGACCGAUUCGAGCUUAUCCGAAUCCGUAGCGUUGCCGAGCUCGCUUUCCGAUCACGAUAUGAGCUCCGACGCGAACGGCCGCCUAAAGUCGAUCUCGCCCACGUCGCCGAAGUCGAAACGAUCUCUAGAGUCUAUUCACGAAAGAAAGCACCGAGUCUCCGAUCUGGUCAUGUACUCCGAAGAGGAUUCGUGCAUCGCCUUACCGCGCAAGCUAUUAAUGUCGCAGUGCAAAGAUGAGAAAGUGCGAGACGAAACAGAAUGGGAUGCCACGGGAAAGCCAUCUGUUGGAGGGCCCGUCUUUGUCAAGGGAAAGCCAGCGGUAGACGCAGAACGAAAAGGAAAACCGACCUCGACCCCAAAACCUUUAACUAGUCAAGAAGACCUCGAUCAAUACAAAAUAAUGUACACUCAACCCGUCACCGGUUUAUCGAUCGUCAACGACGUACUCACGAACAAUCUAAACCCGACAAUCGAGCAGACUAACGCUUUCAUUCGAAACGAGUCGACGCCGCAACCCUACCACGAGAUCACAAACAAAAUAGUAACCGACACGUACGUGCCGAAACGAGGCAAACUUCUCGACAAGGCGAAGUCGGUCAGUCGAGAUUCUAGCAGGGAAGACGAGAAGAAAUCGAAGAAAGGCUUCUUCGGCACGCUCAAAACCUUCGUGGGCAAGUCGAUCGAAUCCGACUCGUCCGAGUCGGAGAAGCUGCCCAAAAAGGAGAAGAAGAAGAAAGAAAAGCGAAAGAAGAAACUGAAGGACGCCCCGGGCCUACCGCCCAUAUCCCCCACGAAGCCCAAACUCCCCACCCCCCCACUCGAGCACUCGGACCUCGACAGCAUUCCCUUCGUCGAAUCCCUCGAGAGCGAUCACCCGCCCGACGUAACCCGACGCGUCGCCCCCCCGCUCGAUCUCUCCGACACGAUCGAGACCAUCACCGAGGACUCGGCGCGCACCUCCACCCCCAAAAAGCAGGGCACGAGGCGCGUGAUCGAAAAGGUGACGACCACCUUCGAGCCGACCGUAAUCGAAGACGAGCAAUUCCGCAUCGUGAUCGAGCCGUUCACGAAGCAACCCGAGCGGACCACGACCGAAGUGAUCACCUACGAAGUUCCCCGCGCCAAAAUUCGCAUGCAGAAGCCCGACGGUAAGGUGUCGAACGAGGUCAAACUGGCAACCGCGCACCUGAUCCAAAACGAGAUGAACUUCGCCGGCUGGGCCGAUGAUCAGCACAACGUUAAUAAACCCCAGGAGCGGCCGCAGGUCACCCCCGUGAAAAAGGCCGGCAUCUUCUCGAUGUUCGGCAAGAAAUCGUCCAGAGAUCUCGAGUCGGACGAAGACCGCUCGGAGAGCAUAAUCGAGAAGCACGACCGAGAGCAAUCCAAGGAAUCCUCAUUGAAAGACAGACCGCUAACGCCCAAAGAGAAGAAAAAGAAGAAGAAGACCGAGUCGAGCGAGAGCGAAAGCGAAGAUCACAAGCGCGGAAUCUUCAACAAGUUCAAGAAGAGCAAGCGAUCGGAAGAGCCGCUUCCGACGGUCGCGAGUCCGCUUUCCGACGACGGCGAACCCAAAAAGACGAUCGACGACACCCAGACGUUUAUACGGGAGGAAGUCGCGCGAUUCGAGGAUCGCCGACCGCCCCGAGAGGAAUUCCCCGAGGGCAAGGCGCGCGGUCCGAUCUUCGGCAAGCCGCCCCAGGUCGCAGACACCGUCAGUUUCAUUAACGGCGAAGUGAGCGGAUACAGUGACGUUCGCCCCGUCGCCGACGACGACCCGGAGAAAAAGGGCGGCAUCUUGGGACUGUUCGGUAAGAAACCGAAACGAGACCAGUCGCUCGAGAAACCGAGCGAAAAAGAGACGGACGAGAAGAGCGGCGUCUUCGGCCUGUUCGUCAAAAAGCCUAAGCGCGAUAAGUCAGCGGAAUGGGCGCCGCUGUCUCGGGAAACUGUCGACGCCAUGGAGGAUUCGGACAGUUUUCUCAAGGAGGAGGUUGCCAGGUUUCAUGAUGUUCGUUUGGUCGGCGCAGCCGACCAAACCGUCGAGACGGAUACUGUAAUAGCCUCGAACGGUUUCCUGAAGGAGGAGCCGGUGGUAGAAGCCGCGCUCGACGUCAAAGACGAGAAGAAGGGCGGCAUCUUGGGACUGUUCGGGAAGAAAGCGAAGCGCGACGAGAGACCGAGCGAAAAAGAGGUGGUGGUGGUGACUACCGUAAUCAACGCUGCACCGGCAGACACUAAGGAAUCAGGCGGGGAACUUUCCGAUGAUUUCCUACAAGAAGAAAUAACGCGAUUCCACGACGUGCGACCUGCGGUGACCACGAGACAGCCUCUCUCGGCGGAGACGCAGAUUGGCAUGGACAACUCUGACAAAUUCCUCAAGGAUGAAGUGGCAAGAUUUCAUGAUGUGCGGGUUGCCGAGCCAGAAUUAGAAUCCCACAAAGAGGCGAAGGGGGAGAAGAAGAGCGGCAUCUUCGGAAUAUUCGCGAAGAAGCCUAGGUCCGGUGAGAAACCUGACGAAAAGACCGUCAAAUCGCCUCCUUCAGAAGAAACCAAAACCGGUAUGGACAACAUUAUUGAGAAAGAGGUGGUGGUGGUUACUACCUUAGCCCCCACAAAACCGCCUGUUUCAGAAGAGACCAAGACCCUCAUGGAUAACUCGGAUGACUUCCUAAAGGAAGAGAUCGCGCGCUUCCAUGACGUUCGGCCCAUUAAGCCGGUGGUAGAGGCCCGUGAAACCGUUCCAGAAGUUAAAGAGGAAAAGAAGAGCGGCAUUAUGGGACUGUUCGGGAUGAAACCUAAACGUGAAGGUUCCGUUGAAAGACCCAGCGAGAAAGAAGUGGUGGUGGUGACAACCAUAGCGCCAGCCGUGCCUCUCUCUGAGGAAACCAAAGUCGGCAUGGAAAACUCAGAUGACUUCUUAAAAGAGGAAGUUGCACGUUUCCAUGACGUUCGACCUAUUAAGCCAGCCGAAGAAGUUGUGGUCCACGAAACCGUUCCAGAAGCCAAAGAAGAAAAGAAGAGCGGCAUCCUCGGGCUAUUUUCGAAGAAACCUAAACGUGAAGGUUCCGUGGAACGACCUAGCGAAAAGGAAGUCGUCGUGGUGACUACCUUAGCAACUGCCAAACCUCCUCUCACUGAAGAAACCAAGGUCACAAUGGAGAACUCUGAUGACUUUUUAAAAGAAGAAAUUGCACGUUUCCACGACGUUCGGCCGAUUAAGUCAGUCGAAGAAGCUGUGGUCCAGGAAACCGUUCCAGAAACCAAAGAAGAAAAGAAGAGCGGAAUACUCGGUCUGUUUACGAAGAAGCAUAAACGCGAGGGAUCUAUUGAGAAACCUCUUGAAAAGGAGGUGGUGGUGGUAACCACCCUUGAAUCUACCAAACCACCCCCAACAGAAGAAACCGUUUUGGUCAACUCGGACGAGUUCUUAAAGGAAGAAGUGGCACGUUUCCAUGACGUUAGACCUAUUAAGCCAGUGAUAGAAGCUGAAAUUCAAGAAACCGUUCCAGAAGUCAAAGAAGAAAAGAAGAGCGGCAUCCUCGGGCUAUUUUCGAAGAAACCUAAACGUGAAGGUUCCGUGGAACGACCUAGCGAAAAGGAAGUCGUCGUGGUGACUACCUUAGCAACUGCCAAACCUCCUCUCACUGAAGAAACCAAGGUCACAAUGGAGAACUCUGAUGACUUUUUAAAAGAAGAAAUUGCACGUUUCCACGACGUUCGGCCGAUUAAGUCAGUCGAAGAAGCUGUGGUCCAGGAAACCGUUCCAGAAACCAAAGAAGAAAAGAAGAGCGGAAUACUCGGUCUGUUUACGAAGAAGCAUAAACGCGAGGGAUCUAUUGAGAAACCUCUUGAAAAGGAAGUGGUGGUGGUGACCACCCUCGAAUCUGCCAAACCACCUCCAACAGAAGAAACCGUCUUGGUCAACUCGGACGAGUUCUUAAAGGAAGAAGUUGCACGCUUCCACGACGUUCGGCCUAUUAAACUAGCCGAAGAAGCUGUGGUCCAGGAAACCGUUCCAGAAACCAAAGAAGAAAGGAAGAGCGGCAUACUCGGCUUGUUUACGAAGAAGCAUAAACGCGAGGGAUCUAUCGAGAAACCGCCCGAAAAAGAGGUGGUGGUGGUGACCACCCUAGAAACUGUCAAACUACCUUCACUAGAGCAAACCGUGGUGGUAAACUCGGACGACUUCUUAAAGGAAGAAGUUGCACGUUUCCAUGACGUCCGGCCUGUUAAGCCAGUGGUAACAACUGAAAUUCGUGAAACCGUUCCGGAAGUCAAAGAAGAAAAGAAGACCGGCAUUAUGGGACUGUUCGGGAAGAAACCUAAGCGUGAUGGAUCUACUGACAGAGCUCCAGAGAGGGAGAUGGUGGUGGUGACUACCUUUGCAACCGCAAAACCGCCUCUCACUGAGGAAACCAAGGUCGUAAUGGAGAACUCUGAUGACUUUUUGAAGGAAGAAAUCGCGCGUUUCCAUGACGUUCGGCCUAUUAAGCCAGUGGCAGAGACUGAGGUCAAAGAAACCGUGCCAGAAGUCAAAGAGGAAAAGAAGAGCGGUAUCCUAGGAUUAUUUGCGAAGAAACCUAAGCGUGACGGAUCGGUUGAGAGGUCCAGCGAAAAGGAGGUGGUGGUGGUGACAACACUAGCAACCGCCAUACCACUAUCUGAAGAAACAAAGGUCGGUAUGGAAAACUCAGAUGAAUUUUUGAAAGAAGAAAUUGCACGUUUCCAUGACGUCCGGCCUGUUAAGCCAGUGGUAGAAACUGAAAUCAAAGCAACCGUGCCAGAAGUCAAAGAGGAAAAGAAGAGCGGCAUUCUCGGGAUAUUCGCGAAGAAACCUAAGCGUGACGGAUCUACUGAAAGAGCUGAGAAAGAGGUGGUGGUGGUGACUACCUUAGCAACCGCCAAACCCCUUCUCACUGAAGAAACCAAGACCAUAAUGGACAACUCUGAUGAUUUCCUAAAAGAAGAAGUGGCGCGCUUCCAUGACGUUCGGCCUAUAAAGUCAGUGGUGGAAACUGAAAUCGAAGAAUCCAUGCCAGAAGUCAAAGAAGAAAAGAAGGGCGGUAUCCUAGGAUUGUUUGCGAAGAAAUCUAAACGUGAUGGAUCGGUUGAGAGACCCAGUGAAAAAGAGGUAGUGGUGGUGACAACACUAGCCACCGCCGCACCUUUAUCUGAAGAAACAAAAGUCAGUAUGGAGAACUCCGAUGACUUCUUAAAAGAAGAAAUAGCGCGCUUCCAUGACGUUCGGCCUAUAAAGCCAGUGGUGGAAACUGAGGUCAAACAAAUCGUUCCAGAAGUCAAAGAGGAAAAGAAGAGCGGCAUUCUCGGGAUAUUCGCGAAGAAGCCUAAACGUGAUGGAUCGGUUGAAAGACCAAGCGAAAAAGAGGUGGUGGUGGUGACAACACUAGCAACCGCCAUACCUCUAUCUGAAGAAACAAUAGUCGGUAUGGAGAACUCCGAUGACUUCUUAAAAGAAGAAAUCGCGCGUUUCCAUGACGUUCGGCCUGUUAAGCCAGUGGUAGAGACUGAAAUCAAAGCAACCUUGCCAGAAGUCAAAGAAGAAAAGAAGAGCGGCAUUCUCGGGAUAUUCGCGAAGAAACCUAAGCGUGACGGAUCUACUGAAAGAGCUGAGAAAGAGGUGGUGGUGGUGACUACCUUAGCAACCGCCAAACCCCCUCUCACUGAAGAAACCAAGACCAUAAUGGACAACUCUGAUGAUUUCCUAAAAGAAGAAGUGGCGCGCUUCCAUGACGUUCGGCCUAUAAAACCAGUGGUGGAAACUGAGAUCAAACAAACCGUGCCAGAAGUCAAAGAGGAAAAGAAGAGCGGCAUUCUCGGGCUGUUUGCCAAGAAACCUAAACGUGAUGGUUCGGUUGAAAGACCAAGCGAAAAAGAGGUGGUGAUGGUAACGACACUAGCAACCUCCGCAACUUUAUCUGAAGAAACCAAACUCGGUAUGGAGAACUCAGAUGACUUUUUGAAAGAAGAAAUUGCGCGUUUCCAUGACGUUCGGCCUAUUAAGCCGGUAGAAGAAACUGAAACCGUACCAGAAACCAAAGAGGAAAAGAAGAGCGGCAUCCUCGGGCUGUUUGGGAAGAAACCGAAGCGCGAGAAAUCCGUGGAGAAACCCAGCGAAGCGGCGACCGCGGAAGAUGUUCAGUCCGCUGUCGAAGAAGGGUCCCCUAAAAAGGGGGGCAUACGUGGGUUGUUUGGAAAGAAACACAAACGAGAGCCGUCGAGUGAGAGGACGACGGUUGAAGUGACCACUAUACUUGCACCUGCUCCCAUCGUGACCGACGUGAAGGAUUCGUCUGAAUUCUUGAAAGAGGAGGUGUCCCGAUUUGAGGAUGUUCGCCCGACCGCCGCGACCGCGUCACUCAUUGACGUUGUGCAGCCAAUGGAUCACGGCGAAAAAGACGAGAAGAAGAAAGGCAGAGGUUUUACGUUGUUCGGGCAAAAGAUGAAGAAGAGCGAACCGGGGCUCGACAAAGACAAAGUGACAGAUUUUCUAAGCGAAGAAAUCGCGAGGUUCGAAGACGUGAGGCCGCGCGUCGCCGAAGAAGUGGCACGACCAAAAGAGGUCGAGGGAAUAAUCGUAACCACCCUCGCGCCUUUGGACCUUGCGCCAUCUGCGCCUCAGCCUCAUCCAGAGCUACGCGAAAUGCUCGAGACCUCCGACUUCCUAAAGGAAGAGGUGAAUAGAUAUCACGAUGUUAGGCCACUGUCAACUGCCACGAAGAUGGUGUCACCAUCCCGAGAUACGGUGGAAAUACGCCCCGAACAGCCCACCGAAAUUCUCACCGUCAAAAUUACCGACGUUAAAAGUGAGCACUUACCCGGUACCGGUACCGAUGGUCUAAUCAGCUCUGGCGAUUUUCUCGAGGAGGAAGUCAACCGGUUCCACGAUGUCAGGCCAGGGGAACGAUCGCCGGAGAAGGCCGAUUGUAAAAAGGGCAAGAAAUCCGUUGAGAAAAAGGAGGACGAUUCUGAAGAGAAACGCAAGAGCGGCCUGUUCGGCAUUUUCGGCAAGAAAUCCAGAGAGAGCUCGGUCGAGAAACAAGUGGUCGGUGAGGGCACCUCGUUUUUGGAAACCGAAGACGUUAAGCCCGUCGCCGCUCGUCGGGUAUCACCGACAGUUUCCGAAGAAGUUCAGCAAAACAUGCUGAACUCGUCCAGCUUUCUACGGUACGAAAUUGAGCGCUACGAUGACGUCAAAGCGCAGCCUAUAGAGCCGGUGCAUAGGCACGAUGCAACCGACUUGAUUCUGGAGGAAGGUGAGAAGGCGAGGGCCAGGAGGGUGAAGAAGGACGGUAGUUUGGAACGGACAGUCAUGAAGGAAACCAUUACCAUGCAAGACCGCAUCCCCACGCAUGACAUUGUGAAGCAAAUUUCGGAGUCUAAAGUACCGAUGGACGAACAGACCAAACAAAUGCUACUGAAAGCGAGCGAGGAACCCGGCGAAGGGAAGAAGCCCGUAGUGAAGGGCCUUUUCGAACCUGCCCAUCAUACCAUCAUCAAGGAGGUCGUCGUAAUCGAGGAUGGCUCACCGGAACGAUUUUACCAGGACACCAUUCAGUACCAGAUCACCUCUCCCGGAGCUCGAAUAGUGCAUAGUACCGCACUGCCUGAUCUAGUCAAGGAGGGAGGCCCCACGGUGGAAGAUCGACCACUUACAACGGACUUCAUUGCACAGGAAGUGGCAAAUUAUCACGACGUUCGGCCAGUUGCCAAGACGGAAUUGGCCGGUUCUAAAGUACCGAGUACCAUAACUCAGCCGGAAAUUGCCAAGCCAGAGAUCCAAGAGCGCGUGACUGAAGCUGAAGAUCGUCCCGUGCUAUCAGAAGUUGUCAAGGAGCAAAUGGCGAACUCCUCCGAUUUUCUUACAACGGAAAUUGAAAAGUAUCACGAUGUGAAGACGGUAAAAUCCGAGCAAAAGCCAAAGGAAGGUGGCGAAGAACUGGCAGAUGGCAAAAAAUCGGGACUGUUCGGUCGCCUUGGCAAGAAGGGGAAACGGGAGGGUUCACUAGAGCCGGAAAUAACCAAAGAAGCCGUUUCGGUUCAGGAAGCCGCCGAGAAAAUUCCCAAAGAGAAGAAAGAUGAAUCUAAGAAAAGUGGAAUUUUCGGCUUAUUCGGGAAAAAAUCGAAAAAGGACGAACUUCCUCCUCAACCUCUUUCCCAAGAGGUAGUGCAAGCAAUGGCCGACUCUAAAGGUUUCUUAAUUGAAGAAACUCAAAGAUACAAUGACGUCAGGCCACUCGCGUCUACCACUCACGCGUUACAGAGAGAGGGAGAUGUACCCACAGGCUCAGUUAGAGCUCGUCCAAUUGAAGUCGUCCCCACCGUACCGCCUGCAGUCACCGACGACACCUUGCGCCAGAUAUCGGACACGGAGAACUUCCUCAAUCGCGAAAUUUCCGUUUUUGACGACAUACUCGUCUUGCCGACGCGACCGAGCGAGUCAGAGUCGACCCGGUUUAUCCGUCGAGAAAUGCCAAUUUCGGCGCCGCCCUCCCACGUUGACACGAUCAACUUCCUGGAGACCGAAAGGGCGCACUUCGAAGAUGUCAGGCCCGCUUCCGACGCGGAAUCGCAGACGGUCGCAAAGGCAGGAACCUUCUCGGUGUUUUCCAAAAAGAAAGGGCCGGAGGGUGCCGGCGAUCUGAAGGACGACGUUGACAAAAAGAUCGCAAAGAGUGGAAUCUCAGAGGCGGUUACAAAGGAAACUUCAACACACGUGGACAGUUCAAUACAGCUCACGGAAGACGAAGACGAUCCAAACGUGAAGGUGCUGAGAGAAACAAAGAAGAUUGUGACUCAGACUGUUUACGAAAUUACAACAACCGAUCCAGAGAGGGAGAUCGAAAAAGCCUUCAAAAGUUUCGCAGACUCGGAGGACGGUACAGCCACCAUUGACACAAAAAUGCUCCGCGACAACGGCGAAAUUAUUAUCGUGCAAAAGAAAACCGAACAAUCCUUUAUACAAAGCCCCGAGGAAAUCAAAGGAAAAAGCGUUCAUUUCCAAAGCGAAACCCCGCCAUCAUCACCGACACAAGAAACCGUAGAAAAACCGGAUGAAACCGUCUCAAAGGAGACUGAAGUCGAGGUCCCACAACCGGAAGAAGUAGAGAAAACGAAAGAUGAGGACCUGAAGACACCACAGAAGACCACUCUCUUUGGAAAAAUCGGAGGAAAGAUCAGCGGAAAAACGCAAAAGACCAAAGAUAAGAAGGCCAAAGUAGCGCAAAGGGACGAAGAACAAGAACAAGACAGCACAUUCAAAAAGUUGCCAACAACUGAAGAGAAGAAGAGUCCGAAGAAAGGCUUCUUCUCUAAACUAGGGGGAAAGAUUAGUGGAAAAUCACAGGAAGUCAAAGAUCAGGCGGAAGAAACAAUCUCAGUUGCAACGCAGGUAGUUAGCGCAAAAGAAAAAGAAAUUUCGGACUCCGUCAAAGAAACAAAAGAAAAAACCGUUGCGGCCGCCCACGACGCUAAGACUGAAGCAGACGAAGCCGCAUCUAAAACCGGAAAAUUCUUCUCCGGUUUAGGUGACAAAAUCUCCGGCAAGGCUAAAGAUGUAAAGGACUCUGCCAAAGAAACGAAGGAUAAGAUCGUAGACGAAACUGGCAAGGCCGCAACCGACGUCUCUAAGGCCGUCGAAGGUGCCGCUCACGACGCUAAGGCUGAAGUAGACGAAGCCGCAUCUAAAACCGGAAAAUUCUUCUCCGGUUUAGGUGACAAAAUCUCCGGCAAGGCUAAAGAUGUAAAGGACUCAGCCAAAGAAACAAAGGAUAAGAUCGUAGACGAAACUGGCAAGGCCGCAACCGACGUCUCUAAGGCCGUCGAAAGUACCGCUCACGACGCUAAGGCUGAAGCAGACGAAGCCGCAUCUAAAACCGGAAAAUUCUUCUCCGGUUUAGGUGACAAAAUCUCCGGCAAGGCUAAAGAUGUAAAGGAGUCAGCAAAAGAAACAAAGGAUAAAAUCGUAGACGAAACUGGCAAGGCCGCAACCGACGUCUCUAAGGCCGUCGAAAGUACCGCUCACGACGCUAAGGCUGAAGCAGACGAAGCCGCAUCUAAAACCGGAAAAUUCUUCUCCGGUUUAGGUGACAAAAUCUCCGGCAAGGCUAAAGAUGUAAAGGACUCAGCCAAAGAAACAAAGGAUAAGAUCGUAGACGAAACUGGCAAGGCCGCAACCGACGUCUCUAAGGCCGUCGAAGGUGCCGCUCACGACGCAAAAACUGAGGUAGACGAAGCCGCAUCUAAAACCGGAAAAUUCUUCUCCGGUUUAGGUGACAAAAUCUCCGGCAAGGCUAAAGAUGUAAAGGACUCAGCCAAAGAAACAAAGGAUAAGAUCGUAGACGAAACUGGCAAGGCCGCAACCGACGUCUCUAAGGCCGUCGAAGGUGCCGCUCACGACGCUAAGGCUGAAGCAGACGAAGCCGCAUCUAAAACCGGAAAAUUCUUCUCCGGUUUAGGUGGGAAAAUCUCUGGAAAAGCUAAAGACUCGAAGGACGUUAAAGAUGAAGCCGACGUUCCUAAAAGUUCUAAAUCCGGAAAGUUCCUCUCUGGCUUGGGUGGGAAAAUUUCCGGAAAAUCUAAGAAGGAUUCCCCAAAACAGUCCACAUUUGAAACACAAGGUUCUCCCGAGGAAUCUCCCACUAAAUCCGGAAAAUUUUUAUCCGGCCUCGGACGUAAGUUGUCCGGAAAAUCGAAGGAAUUGAAAAGUCCCGAUAAAGACGUGGAGGUUGCCGCUUCUGAUGUUUUAGUGAGGUCUGAAGCUGGUGCCGGUGGCGAUUCUGGUGCGAUUCCUCGACUUCCUUCUCCUGUUGGACACGUGACGCAGGCUUUCAUCAGUUACGAAAGGAGUUACCGGGACGAUCAGCCUGUUGCGCAGCCUACUGGGGAUAAAUUAGGCCUGCGCGGUACGGUUAAAAGUACCAUUACGCGCACCAAGUCUGAUAACGACGGAAUUGGGAAACCUCAGGUUUUCACCAGUGAGAAAACGUACACGGUUUCGGAGAAGGAUAUGGAUUUGUCGCGUUUGCCCGUGAUGGAGGAUUAUUUCCCUGAAGCGAAGGGUCGGCCUUUGGCGAUGGAGGAGUUUAUCUCGAAGUUGGAGAAGGACGUGUCCAGUGAGAAGUCGUCCCCUGUUAGAAUCUCGUAUUCGGUUAAAGUUACAGAUUUAGACAGCGAAUCGGGUGGUGGUGGUGAUCCACAGCGCAAACCGCUCUUUCAUAUAGAGUCGGAGGAGGGCGCUGGUGACGAGGGCCAGGCCAGCACUAAGUUUGUCAUUCGUACUGUUAGCGCGAAAGAUUUCGACGAGUUGAUUAAGCAAACCGAAGCGCAGACUCGCGACUUGGACCAGUUGGUCGAGCAGACGAGCGGGUUCAAGCCCGACGUGCAGUCGGAUGUUGACGUGAUCGAGAGAAAGUUGGAGGACUUAGAGAAAGCGUUAGGGUCGCUCGAGCAGGCCGACGUUGAGUUGAGCAAAAGGUCUGAGGGUAAAUUGAAAAGGGUUGAGAGAAGAUUCGAACGACUAGCUUCCGAAACUCUCGAUAGGGAGGCUGAGGAGGCGAAACUGGCGACGCCCGACUUAGAGUUUAGGCGGGAGAGUGAUUUUCGCACUAUGGUUUCCGAACUGAGCCCCGAGGAGCUUUCGGAUUUGCAAAAGGAGUACUCGGCCCUUUGGGACACGCAUGUGAUUUCCUCCAGCGAGGAUAAAAGUUGUAAGACACCCGGCAGUCAGGCUGACGUGCAAGACUUACCGCAAGACGCCAGCCUCGGACUAACACAAACUACUUCAGCCGAACUAACACCAACCGAAAUACCCAAACCUAAACCCAGAGUAGUGAAACCGACCGAUUUGGACAAGGUACCGUCGAGAGAGUCGCAAAAGUCCCCAGUGCGCGACGAUAUCUUAGAUACCGAUUUGACCGCCGAAGAGGAGACGAAAUCGUACAUUGAUAAGAAGAAAUUUUGGGAGAGCAUCGCGACCGAGGAGACUCCCAAGGUGAUCUCGAAACGUAUGAGCUUACACGAUGAGCUGGUCAAGGAGAGGGUUCCGUUUACGAAACGCACCUCUCUUCACGAAGACCAGCUGGUUCGGCCGGUACCGAAACCGCGCACCAUCGCGCAAACGUCCGAGGUCUCCGUGGACUCGACCUCCAGCGAGCUCACCGAGACCACGAACGUGUCGGGGAGCGACACCGCGCCUAGGAUUAUGUCGGAGUACCAAUCGCAAUUCCAAGACCCGUUGGAACGGAAAACGAAGCACCGCGUCGAGUUUCGGUCGGAGGACAGUUUCGAAUCUGAUAAACCGAUACCGAGCCAAGAGCAGGGGUAUAUUUCGGACAGCGAGGACGUGGAGCAUUACAUUUCCGAUUCGGAAAUCGAGGACCGCGUCCCGCAGAUCCGCUCGCGCCAGAUGAGCGUGUUUCAGCCCGCCGCUCCGAUGCGGAAAAGCAUCUACGAGCGAUCUCUGUCUUUGCCGACCGAAGAUCUCUACGACAUAUCCGCCGCGAUGCUCUCUCGCAAGCAGCACUUCGAAGAGCUGCUGAGGAAGGAAAUGGUCGAAGAACAGUUCACGACGGAAUCGGAGGAGGACCCCUCGCCCGAACACAAAACCUUGCGCGACCUCCAGGUGGCCGAAGACGAGCCUAGCGGCACGCGUAGCGUCCCAGAGAGCGCGGACUCCUUCCACCCGAGCGUGAAGGAUCUGGCGAAAGCGUUUGAUGCGGCCGAUACAAAGGUGGAGCCCGCCGAAAAGCAAAAACUAGCGGAGGAGUACGCCGAACUAUUCAUGAGCCAGCAAAGGGAAUUCGAGCGCGAAUUAGAAGUCGAUCUGCAAAUCAAAAGGUCCUCGACGGAAUCGGAGAAGAGCCUAUCCGAACGCAGCUUGGAAAACCUCCAACUGACCAAGGACGAUAGCAUAUCUAGACCCGGUGACUCAAUGGAGGUCCACGUCGAUAAGAGCGAGGUGGAGGACUCCGAGAAGAUCACCGAUAACGAACAGGACGCGACCGACAUCGAAACCAAAUCGCUUGAUUCUCUAAACGCGUCAGAAGCACCUAGACUGCAUGCCACUGACGACUUGAUUCCCGAAAUUACGGUGACGCUUUCCGGCAAACAGCGGCGCAUUAGCGAAGACAGCGAUGAGUCGUUCGAUGCCCCCCAACCUGAGGCCCCUAUAGUCAGCCCCAUCGCCGAGAAAUCAGAGGCGAGCUCGCCCGUGCACCACCCAGAGCAGCACGUGGAAAGCACAGUCUGGGAGGCGUCCGUCGAAUCCCAACCCGGCUUCGAGAAGGCCGCCGACUUGCCCACCUUAGAUCGCACUCGCUCGGGAAGUCACAGCGAAAUCGAACAGAUCAUCCUCGAGAGUCUGCACCACCAAAACAUCCUCCCGGACGACGCGCGAAAAAUCGCGGCCGAACUGCUCGAGGACAUCGAGAGCGAGAUACAGAAGCGCCACCAGCUGGGAACGUCGGCGGAGGCCGAGCCGCCGACGCCGGAAACGGCCAAGACCCAGGUCUCCGACUACCUGAGGCAGCUUGCCGAGACCAAGGGGCUGGAUUCGCGCGAAAUACAGCUGGUCGAAUCGGUCCUGGCGUGCAAACAGCGACAGUUCUCGCAGCUGAAGCGCGACGACACCCAAGCCUCGAGCAUGGAGAUCACCGACGAGGACUUAAAAUUCAGCGGGACCGACAUCGACUACUCCCCAUCCGCCAGCCAGGCCUUGAUUUUGCAACAGCUGGAAGCGGAGAAAAAUAUCGAAGACGUCUUCAGCUCGAUGAAGAAAGACUUCGAAGAGCAAAGCACGGACGAGUCCUUCGUUAGCAAAAGCACCAGCUCGUUUGAGGAUGGCCGCCAAACUGUAACCAAACUCACCGAGCGACUCAAGUCCGCACAGUCAGUGAAGGGGGCGCCUGACUUUUCCACAACGAAAGACCACGUCUCCAGAGAUCUCACUGAAACCGUCACCGUAGACGAGCUCGAAGUUACCGAAGACGGCCUCGUGCGUAAAGCCGCCGCGGCAAGCACCCAACAACGCAUCUUGCACUCCGCCGACUCCCAAAGAGACACCCGAACGAUCACCACCGACUCGCUCUCUUUAGAAAAAGCGCAAGGCGAAUCCAAAAGUGAAGACCUAACCGAACUGAGAGGCGCCUACGAAACAGAAACCAAAACGCAAACACUUACAGAUGACAAAUUAAUCGAUAGGCUAGAGACGAGUAAACGUCUCGCCGAAGCUUUCCACCGGAAGGAAAUCGAAUCGACCACCGACGACUCAAAGGAGACGAUCACGGCCGAGGACGGUUCCCAAAUUGAGUACCAGGAGGUUAAGGAGACGACCCGCGUGAAAGUCUCGACGGGAACGGUUUGCGAAGACGCGACGAAAACGGUCGUGACCGUUCACGACGAGGUGGAGCGCACGCUAAGCGACGAAUCGAAGUCGAGCUUGGACGAGUCGAUCAAGUCGCCCGAGGAGCUGUUCUCGACCUGCUCGUCGGGACGCAGGGGCGACUCGGAUACCGUGAGCAAGACGACGGAUCGGCCCAACGUGAUACUUCGCAAGACGAAGCUGGCGAAAGAUCCCGAUACCAGCAGCAGCAGCGGCAAUUUGAAACCCGACCGAAGAUCGGGCGUCGACUUCGAGGCGUACUCCAGCUCGGGCGAAAGUCACUAUCACAGUUUCGACUUGGACAGCGGGAAGAGCAGGCCGUGCUCGUCGGACGUGGAGGGACUGUUCGCCGCCGGAUCGUCGGAGUACGAGAGUGCCUUAACAUCGCAGGACAUAUCGGGGCGGUCGCACAUUUCCGAGUAUCACACGGCCGUUAGCAGUCUAAGUUCGAAGGAGAGCAUGAAGAGCCUCGACAGCGAGAGCUCCGGUAAUUUGGCGAGCGUGGAGGUUUCCGAGAUAUCGGAGACGCUGAUCGCGUCGGAAUUGGAGUACCAAGGUGACGAGGAGGACGAGAGAGAGAAACCGGGCGAUUUUCCAGACGGCUCCAUGGACGUGUCCGAGGAUGAGUUUAGUAACGAGCCGAAAUUGAUCGAGGACGUUCCGUCGCGCAUGAAGCGCUCGCACGAGAUGACGUUCCAGCCGGAGCCCAAGGUCCUGGUGGCCGAAUCGCCUCAGUCGGAAAUGGGACAGGAGGGCGAAGAGAAGUUCGGCACCAGCCUCGAUGACGGCAGCGUGCUCAGCAUGAGCUUGUCGAGCACGUCGAGCGUCGCCGCUUUACGGACUGUAAUCGAACUCUCUCGCGCCGAUGAGGGUAGCAUGAACGUGUCCGCCACGUCCGAGCAGUUGAGCCUGGACGACCUGGAGAAUUUGCCGAGGGGUAGCCGAGAGAGCCUGGUCACAGUGGACACCUCCACUUCCACUCAUCCGCAAUUCCUCGACCUGACGGGUGGAUCCGUUACGAUCAGUAGCGCGGUGGUUGCCGAAAACGGGGUGCAAAACGUAAGCACGCAGGUGACCUCGCGACCGCACACUCCCACCACUCAGGAUGACGUAGAUAUCACGCAGGCCUUCGCAGAAACUGACGUCCCCAAGAAACGGGGUCACAGGCGAAAUGAAAGCACCACAUUCGUCUCCCCCAUAAUACCAAAGGUAGAGCCCCACGUCCUAGCGGAACUGUCUGAAACCGACGCGCUGAGCGUCAAAGAAGUGAGAAGCGAUGAGAAAAAGGACGUGGAUGAGUGCGAACGCGCAGACGGAACUCCCGAAGCGCAGGCCGGCGUAGACGAAUUAGAGCAGGCCGUGUCGCGGACGAGUGAGAGCAAACGAAUACCCCCCAAAGACAUUCUCGAAAAACGAGACGUGAAAACCAGCGCGAGCUCGAGCGAAAAGUCGAGCUUCGAGGAGGCCGAAGCCGAGGCGGCCUUCAGCAUGGUGGCGCACAUCUCCCCCGCGCACAAGGUGAAACAAAUCUGUCCAAUUCUCGAGGACGAGGACGCCGAAAAGCACGAGCUGGAAACGCGCGAGCGCGCGCAAAAGGAGCUCGAGGAGCGCCGAGCGCAAAUCAGAGAUCACAGCCCCGGUUCCAUACCCGACAUCAAAGUGACCCAGCACAUGGCGCCGCUAAUAGACACCGGCUUCCACUACCCCGACCUCGAGCUGGAAGAGCAGGAGACCGAAACGCAGGAGUCGACGCCGGAAACGCCCGCCUCGCAUUCGAGCAAAACGUCCGAGGAGACCGAUCAGGGCAAGGAGUACGCGCUCGACGACGGCGGCGUGACCGUCGGUACCGAGUCGCGCAGCGAAAUCGGCUCGGUCGUCGAGCGAACGAUACAGGAAACCGAAUCGCAGACCGGCUCGCCGAACAGCGACUCGUUCGAGAUGGUCGAGAAGCCCGACCUUAUGGACGAUUUCGUGAUAAUCGAGGAGGUGGGGAAGGAGGCGUUCGAGCACGACACCGAAGGCAAAAGCGUGCGAAUCGCGAUGGGUAAACAGUCGAAGAAGCACGACGAGGAGGUCGAGAAUUACCUGAUCAAGUCGGCGUCGGCCCCGGCCUCGACUGAUUACGAGCCGGCCAGCGGUGACGUUCUCGGUUUCGAGUUUGAGGAUAGCCCGCCGCAGGUGAAGCAGAAGGACGGGGGCGGCUCGCGCGACUUCGGCUUCGAGUACGAUCGCGAGCUGGAGGCGAACAAAAAGUGGAUCGAGCAGCAAUUUCAAGGCGAUCAGGCGAUGAUGAUGGCCGUCGGUUACGGUUACGAGAUGGACUUCGAGCGAGCGCCUCUUGAGGAUAUCAAAGAGGAGGAGGUGACGGACUUUGAUCCGUCAUCGAGUCGCAUUGGAAGCGUGGGGUCGCAGAAGGGGUCGGGCGGUAGCAAGGAUUCCUUCUCGAGCACCCCCGAUUAUGACGUACUGGCCGGCCGGAAGUACUUCACUAGAUCAGGCGAGAAUGACGACGUUUCCAUGUCUAGUCUGCAAGAAUUUGAGAACCUGGAGCGCGCAAUGUCGCUGGAGAAUAAGCGCUACUAUCAAGGCUCGCAGGAUUCGUCGAGCAACGGUAGCUUCGGCAAACGCUACCACGCAAGUCGAAACGCGCAAGGCGACGACGUCUCGGUGAGCUCGCUCAAGGAGUUCGAAGGGCUGGAGAAGGCGUGCAUUGCCGUGCACAAAAUCGAGCAGAAGGUCAAGGAGGAGGAGGCGAUGCUCGCGCAGAUCGACGAGGGGCAGGAGAGCAUCGCGUCCGAGACCGAGAGCUGCGAGACCAUGUCCGGUACCGACAAAAAGCUAAUACCGGACUCGGACGAGGAAGACUACGAGAAGCGAAUGUUCGAGAUCGACGAAAUCAUCCGACAGGCGCAGUCGAACGUCGAGAAGUUCAUCGAUAUGAAGGACGACGAGAAGCCCGAGUCGAUCGGGCGCGGCGAUUCGCUCGAGGAGGUCUCGAAGGUGCCCGAUUUGGACCUGGACAUGCCGGUCCAGUGGGGAUACGCCGACGAUCUCAUGGCGACCAGCACCGACUCUUUGGACGUCAAGGUCGAAAAGCGCAACGAUAGCGCGGACAGCUUGGACCUGAAGACGGCCGCGGACCUCAUGACGGUCAGCACGGACUCGAUCGAGGUGCAAACGCGUCAGAAGCCCGGGAGGGAGGUGAUCGCGUCGGAUAGUAUCGAGUUCAAGGAUAUUCCGGAUUACAGCUUCAUGAUGACUUCGAGCGAUUCGCUGGAGCUGGAGACGGGAACGGGAGGGCAGGUGGCCGCCUUGCUCAGCGAUUCGAUUGACGAGGACGGCUCGCGCAUCUGCGUUUACGAUCAGAGCAGUUCGAGCACCGGCAAAGACUUCAGCUCGUCCGUCAGGGAGGAACCGGAGGCGCACGAUCCGCUCGACAUCUCCAGCUCGACGGCGACGCACGCCACGUGCCACUACGAGACGGACUCGGUGUUCUCUGGUAGUUUUACCAGUGGGGGUUCGAACACCAUGGUGUCUUCGACUGACACGAUCGACCCGAACGGGGCGCACGUGGUCGAUUUGGCGGCGGCCGUGCGAAAGGUGUGGUUCGAUGACGAUGCGGAGAGUGGCGGGAAACGCUUAACGACCGAGUACGUCGACGAGUGCUCGAGGCCGUACGUGACCGAGCUAAUCGAGCCCUGCGAGGGAGACGAUUAUUACUCCCACACGAUUCACAGGAGAGUCGAGCUGCCUCCCGAAGUGAGGAAGGUCACAUUUAAGGGCCCCGACGCCAACGAGCAAAUGCGCCAGUAUCUGCAAGGUUUCGGGGAGGGGGAGGACGUGCAAGAGUUUGAGGAGGUGGACGCCGACGGUAACGUGCACGUUAAAAGAAUCGUGCAGAAGCGAUACGUGGUCAAAUCCGAUGACGAUUCGGAUCAAAAGCCGAUCGAUUGGAGCGGCCAGGGCGUUGUUAAGCGCACUUACACGGACGGACAGGGUACUAAAACAAUUUACACGCAGAAAUUUGGACUGAAGCACGCCGAAGAGCAGGAACCUACCUCGGCAGUUCACGGUCUACUUAGUUCUAUCGCGAGUGACACUACAGGUGAAGUCGCGACGGGCUUGCCUGAGCCGACGCCCCCCCGCCAGCAGGUGCCAUUUAGAGCACAAGCAUCCCGUAGACGCCCUCUACGUUACGAAAUCAGUGUAGACGACCAAAUUGAAGUGGAUCCAAGAGAACACGACUGGCGAUUUAACUUACCUCCACAUGAUGUAGGCGAGGAGGGCGACAGCGACGUUCCUACUCAAGGGCCAUCCAGCCAUUCUAGUCAACGGUACGUAAGCGACCAGCACCACCUGUCCGAAGAAAUGAAGCAGCUUCUUCGCGACAUGGAGGAAGAAAGUAAAAAAUAGACGAAUACCAACAAUUAAACUUCCAUUGUUUUGUUUAUUUAUAAUUUAUUGUUUAAUUAGUAUGUAAAGAGAACGAAAUUGAUGACCCGCUUCUGCCUUCGCAAUAUGUUAGUUAGAAAAUUUCUUGGUGCAGACGACUCAAAUCUCCUUUGAGAUUAAUAAAAACAGUACAAAAAGGGCACUCUCUCUCAACCACCCAUUUUAAAGUAAAAACGCGCGAAACAGCUUCUUACACUAGAAUUAUUUAUUAAGCAGAAAUAUAAAUGUUUUAUAUAUUAUUUUGUUUUUGAUAUAUAUUAUAUACUAAAUAGCUUUGUCGUUUUAAGUAUUUUAAUUUGCCCAAACCUGUCCGAAAUGAAGCGAAAUUAAAAUACUUAAGAUUAUCCAGCAAAAUUCGUAGGUAAAUAAAUUGCUGUAUUAAUGCCUUAUUACAAGAGAAUCUUUCCGAUGUAAAUUAUUAAUAUUUUUGUUAUCAACUGUUUUUGUUAUAAGGUGUUAACUACAGGUGAGAUUUGUAUAAAGUGGAACGAAAACUUUCGGUACGUUAUAGUAUUUAGGGCUUAUUCAAAUAUUAGAACGGAGUUCUUUCAACCACUUACCUAAAGCUAAGGAAAGGGAAAUUAUGUUUGUGGUUUGCAAAAUUUGCUUUUCGGCUUUAGGGGAAACGGUUGAAAGAAAUUUGUGAUAUUUUUGUAAUUUUAUUUGUUUUAACUCAAUGUGAAUUAUAUUAAUAUAAAUUAAAACAUUUAGCCAUUGUAUCAAACUAUCUGGAUAUAACAAUAAAGCUUUCAUGAUA